AUGUUUCAAGCACAGGCUCUUAGUACUCCAAAAGCACCUUCAAACAUGCGAGGCCGGACCUGCCAGUUCCCAACAAGCAUUUCCGAGCAACAAACACAACAACGGCGGAAACAAAUCCGAGAAGCGCAGAGGGCAUAUCGGUCUCGCCAACAAUCGCAUCUUGAGUCGCUGAAAACGCGCGUCGCCCAGCUAGAGGAUGUGGUGGCGCAAGUUGGCCAGGUUAUGGGCAUCUUUCAUGAUGCUGUUGUUAAGCAGGAUGUGUUGCUGCCACAGUCUAAAUUGAUGCAGACUGUUAUACUGCUUCAGGAAGAGGUUGGGGAGCAUUUGAAGAGAGCUGAAAAAGCUACUUCCCCUGCUGUCCGUGGUUGUGAGUUCCAGGGGAAGAUUAACAGAGUCCUUUCAGAGGCAUGCCAAUUCACACAUGGCCCUGCUAAUGAAAGCCCUCCUGAAUUACCAUUAACAUCAGACUUCUGGCGCCUAUUUUUCAACUCGACAAACUCCAUCCUCCCACCAAUCCAGACCACAACCUCAAGUCAUGAUGACAACGCGACAUAUCCACCCCUCACCCCAGCCAACCAAACAAUCCCAUACACAACAACACCUUUCACCCAGAAACUCUACCAUGCAUGUGCGAAAAGUGGCCAUCGAUACCUCACUAAUCCCACUGUAACAGACGCGCAUAUGUGGCCCGAAUUCGGACUCAUGUUAGAACACCUUCCGCGGCAAGAAGUCAUCUCUUACUUUGAGCGGGUGCUUAGCACGAGUCCCUGUAAUCCGGUUCUGGAUGAUCGAUUCCCGUUUAUUAGUCUUGGAAAUGCAGGGGUGCGCUUUUCUUCUGGGAUGCACAAUUUACUUCCCUUCCAGGGAACUAAUGGGGUGCGGGUCAUUCCGAGCGAGGAGGAAUGGUUCGAUGUGAAAGAUGUUGAGAAAUAUCUGUUUGAGAAAGGCAUUCAACUCGUUGGAUGCUAUGAUCCCGCUUCAUAUACUGGCGAGUCUAGUCUGAUUGUGCCUGGACAAGUACUUAUGAGUAACAUGAUCGCAUCUCUCGAUGAGGCGACUCUUAUCGACGGACUAAGCCAUCUCUGUAUUUGUAUGGGGUGCGUCGCUGGAUUCCGGCGCCGCGAUGUAGAAAGCUUUAUAUGGCAGAAUGUACAGUGGACUUUGGAUUGA